AACUAGAGUCCAACAAUUAAACAGUAUAUAAAGGGUAAAAACUUUAAUUAAAAAACACAAUUAAGGACUCGUUUUGUUAAACACAUAUAAAAUGCUAAUUAUAUUCGUUUACGCGUUGAUUACUGUUUGUGUGAAUGGCUUAACACUCACGCAAAGCGACGUCGAGAGCCAAUGGAUUGCAUUUAAGAAACAAUUUCGCGACACAGACUACCAGUCCAUAGGCUUGGGCGACGAGUCCAUCCGUCGGCAGAUAUUUGAGAUUAACUACAGAGAUAUCGUUAAUCAUAAUACAGAGGCUGACCAGGGUUUACAUAGCUUUAAGCUCGGGGUCAAUCAGUUCACCGACUGGACUACUGAGGAGUAUCAGGGUUGGCUAAAUAAAUUUGAUCAUGGUGCGUCUGCAACUAAAUCAAACGUGAGACCAGUUAGCUCAAAUAACUCCCUGGUCAAACUACCUGAUAGCGUGGACUGGAGACAAAAAGGAGCUGUCACACCUAUCAAGGACCAAGGAAGUUGUGGCAGUUGCUGGGCAUUUGCGGCAGUGGGUGGAAUUGAAGGCCAAAUUGCAAUUAAGCAAGGCAAACUACUAUCAUUAUCCGAGCAAGAGCUACUUGACUGCACGUAUUCGGGCACCGGCUGUAAUGGUGGCAGCCCUACCGAGGCGUACAACACACUGGCCCAACGGCUACACGGUAUCCAAAACGAGCAAACC